AUGUUGAAUUUCCUGGGCAGGAAAAUGGUUGGGAAGUCCCUGAUUGCUGGUCUGGUGGUCCUUCUGGUGGCUGCAGUGAGCCUGUUCCUGGGGGUGUUCAUGGGCUUGGGGAAGAAAAACACGCCUCCCCCCUCAGAUCACUUCUUCUCGAGGGCUGCUGUGGCUGCUGAUGCUGGAACGUGUUCAGAAAUUGGGAGGGACAUUUUGAAGAAAAACGGUUCAGCUGUGGAUGCUUCCAUUGCUGCCUUGCUAUGUGUUGGCCUUUUGAACGCUCACAGCAUGGGCAUUGGAGGAGGGCUCUUCUUUGUCAUCUAUAACGCUUCCACAGGAAAAGUGGAAACCAUUGAUGCAAGGGAGACAGCACCCAUGAACGCCACUGAAGACAUGUUUGGCAACAACACCAAGCUUUCUCGUACAGGUGGACUGUCCAUAGCCAUUCCCGGGGAGAUCCGUGGUUAUGAGAUGGCACACAAGAGGCAUGGCAGGCUGCCAUGGAAGGAACUGUUUGAGCCGAGCAUUGCUUUGGCCCGCGAUGGUUUUCCUAUAGGAAAGGCCUUGGCUCAUGCCAUCUUCAAGAGCAAAGAUUCCAUUCAAGGAGACGCCAACAUGUGUGAGGUGUUUUGUGAUUCUCAUAAAAAGAUCCUGAAGGAAAAUGACAUCGUAAAAUUCCCAAAGUUGGCUGAGACGUACCAAAGAAUAGCAGAGGAGGGGCCUGAUGUGUUUUACAACGGGUCAAUGGCACAGAGCAUCGUCGAGGACAUCCAGGCGGCAGGUGGGAUUAUCACCUUGGAUGAUUUGUUGGAGUACCAGCCUGUGCUGAAUGAGAAUCCUCCGAGGCUGAAUGUUGGGGAAUACACCAUGCAUGUCCCAGACGCCCCCUCCAGUGGCCCUGUGCUGGCACUCAUACUCAACAUAGUGGAUGGAUACAACUUCUCAGACACAAGUGUCUCCACAGCAGAGAAAAAGACUCUGACGUACCAUCGCAUUGUAGAGGCUUUCCGCUUUGCUUAUGCCAAGAGGAGCAGACUCGGGGACCCACGUUAUCUCAAUAUUACUGAUCUCAUCCAUAACAUGACCUCAGACUACUUUGCUGAUGGCAUAAGGAGUAGAAUUACAGACGACACCACCCAUCCAGACAGCUACUAUGAGCCAGACUAUUUUGUCCCAGACAACCACGGGACAGCUCACCUGUCGGUCAUAGCUGAAGAUGGAAGUGCUGUGGCAGCCACCAGCACCAUUAAUCUAUACUUUGGGUCUAAAGUCAUGUCUCGAUCGACUGGAAUCAUUUUCAACGAUGAAAUGGACGACUUCAGCUCUCCGUACAUGACCAAUGGGUUUGGAAUCCCUCCCUCACCCAACAACUUCAUCCAACCAGGCAAGAGGCCACUGUCUUCCAUGUGUCCUACUAUCAUCUUUGACAAAGAAAACAGAGUCAAAAUGGUUGUAGGAGCGUCCGGAGGCACAAAAAUCACCACAGCCACUGCCUUAGUCAUCUUGAACUCCUUGUUCUUCAACUAUGACCUAAAGAAAGCUGUGACAGAGCCACGAGUUCACAAUCAGCUCAACCCAAAUAUGACGGUGGUGGAGCAGGGCUUUGAAAAGAGUGUCCUGGAGGGCCUGGCCCAGAAGAACCAUGUAACACAGCUGCUGAGGACUCCCGACUCUGUGGUUCAGGCGGUGGUGCGGCAGGGAGAGCGUCUCUGUGCAGAGUCCGACCCCAGGAAAGGAGGCUAUCCGGCGGGAUACUGAGCAUGACUUCAGGUCCUCCUCUGCUCCUCUCAGCCUGGACCGUCUCCUCAAAGACACUUGGACAGAGCCACAGUAGGCGUCUGCACUGGAGACUCCAGCAAUGUUUAAGCUACGGAGACACAGCCACCUCUCUUUCUGUGAGACACAUUUCUUUUACUCAAACAUGGAAAGUGACUCAAUUUUAAUACCUCUUUUACUCAAACUCCAAUUAUUCAGAAUUACUUCUUUUUGGCAUUAUUUUUGUGUUUUGAAGUAAAAUAAGAGGUUGCACCUACUUUGACUCCUGUAUUAUCACUGCUGGAUACUGGUGAAGAUGAGGAAGGUGAUGAUUUGAGGACUGGCAGAUACAUCACCUUUCACCAUUUUGAUAAAUAAACCAGAAGACCAAAAUGUAUCUGCUUUAUAUAUUAAACCCUGCUUGACACAGUGUCCAGGAUAUUAAAAACAACCAAGUAAGUACCAAUAAUUAGGCAAAUGAUACUGGGAUAAAAAGGUUUAUUAAUAUGUUUUAGGUAUGAAUCUGAGUGGUUGUAGGUUGUCCAUGUAGUAUUUUCCUUUUUUCUUUUUUGUCAAAGGAAAAAAAAACCUAUUGUGAAUAAUUGGACAUUUUGUCUGAAAAGGAGGGUUUGUUUUCAUGUCAUGUAACACCCUAACUGGUUAUAGACCUAGACCUGCAAGCAGGUAUGCCUAUUAAAAAUAAGGACACCUCAGGUUGUUUGCCUGUUUUACCAAAAUGUCUUCCCACAUCUUUCUUCUGAUGUAAAUUGAUCACUGAAAUGAACAUUAUUUAGAGGGAACUGACCGUGUUGUUUUCUACCGUGACGCUAUAGUGAAACUAUUACUUUUGAAUUGUAAAUGUUUAAUAUCGAGUAGAGGUUAAGUGAAUGUAUAGUGUAUUCUGAAAAAUACAUUUGCAGAUAUAUUUUUCUAAACAUGCAUUGUUCUUAUGCCAUGUUUGUUGCCAUGCUUGUUAUUAAACAUUUUGAACAAAGAUGUUAUAUUUUA